GUCUCCAAGCCCAAUCAUCUGAUGCUGAGGAGAGCCGAUCAGAAGGAAGCACUCUGUAUAUCCAGUGUCCUUACUCAACAUCAGUGGCUCAGUACAGGUGGGAGAAAGCCUGGUGCCGCAGAGAACAUGCAGAAUGUAAGUUCUUAGUGACGACAACCAGCGAAAUGCCAUACUCAUCCUCAAACAGGGCCAGAAGGGGGGAAAUUAUAUUACAGGACAACCCUACGUAUAAGGCCAUGUACGUCACCAUGACUAACCUCCAGGUAGAGGACUCAGGCAUGUACUCCUGUGUGUACGGUUCUUCCUACCAUGGAUAUCACUGGCUGAAGACAAUCUCACUGAAUGUUUUCAAGGAGUUGCACAUGUUGGAGUUGGACAGUCUCUCUGUGCAGUGCCCAUACAGCAUCCCAGUGUACAGCACGGAUAUAAAAGUCUGGUGUCAAAGAGCUGAGACUGAGUGCGACAUCAUUGUGAGGACAUACCCUUCAACACAGCGUAACAGCAAACCCGGGAGAGCCAAAACCUCGAUCCAGGAUGACACCCAGAAGCACAUUGUCACCAUUACCAUGGAGAAGCUGCAGGCCAAGGACACUGGCGUGUACUGGUGUGCACUCUACACGGAACCUCUUCCCACUCGGAUAAUGGAGAUCAGGCUCUCUGUGUCCAAGAGGACCAGAGAAUACACAGCCAAUGAGUCAGGUGAUGUCUCUGUCUUCUGUCUUUACAACGCCUCAUUCUAUGGGGCUGUGAGCAAAGCCUGGUGCAAAGAGGAAACUUCGAAAUCAUGUGCUGUACUGGUCACCACGAAUCGGAAGCCUUCACAGCACCUCAGGACAGCUCAGCGAAACAGAGUCAGGAUCCAGGAUGACACCCAGCUGGGGAUUAUCACCAUCACCAUGGAGAAGCUGCAGGUACAGGACUCUGGCGUGUACUGGUGUGCUCUUCAUGAAUACAAUCAUCUUUACCGGAUGGGGGAGGGUACGCUCAGUAUUUCUGAGGUAUCGUCUGGAACAACUUUGUCAGGUACUGCAGGCAAAGGUCAAACAACCCCUUCUGGCAUCACCCCAGAGCUGAGCUCAAAUGUAAAUACCUUCAUCCUACUCUCUGUGAUCCUGAGCAUCCUGUUCAUCCUGGGACUCAUCACCUCGGUAACACUGUGCGUCAGGCGGCGCAAGCAGCUGAAGAGAAGAGGUAACAGUCAAGCAGAGGACACCUAUGAGAUACCAGAGGACAUCAUAGCACAGCUUGACAGCACUGAAAGAAUGGAAAGUCCCAAGGAUGACAGCAGUGACGUAAAAUACGUUACCCUGAGUUUUAAAUCCCAGCUCAGCCCUGAGGAUCCUCUCUACUGUAAUGUUGAACCAAAUCAGGCUGACGGGCAAUCCAAAGAUGAAAAUGUGGAAUAUGCUGUCAUUGCACUCAAGCAGUUAACAACGAAUGACAAAGGAUGA